GGUUAGGAAGGGAGCCAGGCCAGAAGGUUGGGUGCAGGCAGCCAGUGUGCUCUCUGCUGGUGUCCUUAGUGGUCGAUCUUCACCUCACUGCCUGCCCACCACGCCUGUCUCCAGAGCUUAAAAAUUUUCAAGAUUAAAACUAAACUUUAAAAGAAAAAGUGGAGCAAUACAAAUGAAUUACAAUAAAAGUCCAAUUCCCUGAAUCAAGAGUCCGUCAGUUAUAUCAGAGAACCUGUCUGAAUAAAUAUAAAAAUUAAAUAAUUAAGACCCCCUCACAUCAAAAUUAGUUGAAACAAACUUCCAACUAUGUGGUGUAUGGAAACUGUUAAGAACUUUAUUCAGCAUUCAUAAAAAACUAACAGCAAUAAAGAUAGCAGCAGCUGUCAACACAAAUAAGAUGGCUGGCACUGCUAACAUGCCAAGAAGCAAGAUGUCUCCCACUACAUCUGAUAUGAAGUCUCCAAGUGCCCCCACCCAUUCUGCCUCUGCCUUCUCACUUCUGCGAUAUAUGCACAAGAUGAAACCAGCGGAUCUCUCGCCUCGUAAUGACGACCUCUCAAGCCAUGAUAGUUCUCUGGAGGUUGAGGAGGAAGGCAGCAGCUGCAACAGCGACCCUGGCACAGGCAAGGCACGACGGGGCUACUGCAGCCGCUGUGACAACUGUUUCCCCGACGCAGCCCUCCACCGCCACCCACAGAAAGAUUACGACUCGAUGAUGGUGGAGAGACAACCCAGUAAUACCAGUGCCAGUAGCAACGCCAAGUACGUCAGUAACAAUAGUGAUCACGCUGACGACACCGACGAAGGUCCUUGCGGCGGCUGCGACAGCGAGACGGAGAGCGAUAGGGUACCCAAGUGUGCAUCGCGGAGUUCUAACGCUGACGGCAUGGAGACCCCUCAUGAUGUGGACCUGACGGAGGCCAUCAAGAUCCCUGAGGUAAACGGCAAGAGGUCGAUCGUGGAGGUGCUCUCGCAGGUGGUGAAGCUGGAGCGCUCGUCUUCUUCGUCUGCGUCAGAGCUUACCAGAACUCCUGAAGCCCCAGAUAUCGUGACGUCGACGACGAAGGGUCGUGCAAGGAAGGCUCCGCCGCCGAAAAGGAUGACGAGCGGGGCUCAGAGGGGCGCUGAUGUGGCUACUCUGGCUAUACUAUGCCAGCACUACGCUCAGCUCGUCCAGGCACUCAAGGAGGAGAAUUAUCUGCUGUCAUGCGCGCGAAGUCCCUUGCUGGCUACGCCCCGGAGCAGUGUGCGGGUAGCCCCUGGCGGCAUUGCUGCUCGCAGGCACCUGGGCAGUAGCGGCAGUGGCAGGAGCAGAAGCACCAAAAACGUCUUUAACUGGGACUCUGAAUUCGUGCAGAACUACGAACAAAAUCGCCUGGCUGCUGUGGAUAAGGACGGUGAAGCAACGAUGUUCAAUAACGAGAGCUGCGGCAAGUUUAUCUCGGACAUCAGGAUGCCAGAUUCUCCCAAAAGUAUAAGAGUGCAAAGGAGUUACUCCACUUUCAAAGAUAACUGCAAUAAUAAUAAUAACAAUAACAAUAAUUGUUCGCCACUGGAGAGUCCCACGAGAGUGAGCGACGACAGGCCUAAAAGUGUUGCCAGCUCAGCAAGUGACCUGUCACACAAGGAGAGAAAAUCCUGGAACUUCAAGCCUCUACGAAGUGCAGCGGGCAAACACAAGAGGGACUCGAAACACACAAGGAAGAGUUCCUUCAGUUUAUUCAGGGACUCCAAAGACACCGAGAAAUUAGACAUAGAGAACGGGAACAAGUCGCCAGAGGUGGGGUCCCGAGCAGCUACCUUCCAGACACCGACGGUGGGAGUUCUCUCCACCAAGAUCAACGACAUGGAACUCAAGAUUCAGGAAAUACUUAAGCUGGAGCCCAUUGACCUCAUAAUGAGAGAGAACAGCCUGGACAGGUCGCCAGGCAGACGCUCCCUGGGUAGUGGUGGCAGCCUCAGGAGGUCUGCCAGUGUGGGACAGAGAGGAAGCUUCUACCGCCACUCCGUCAGGGACACACGCAGGGACCAGUGUCGGCAGGACGUGUGUGACUCAGACGAGGUGUGUGACGAGGGAUCGAGGCGCUGGUGUGGCUCCAGCCUGGCAGGUGGUGCUGCUGCUGGUGGUAAUGGCGGAUGCCAAUACCAGGUCCUUGCUCAGGCUGCCCACGUCGAAGUGGACAAACUUAGGCAACUCGUCCACCUCCUCAAUUCCAGACUGACAGAGCUGAGUGGGAAGAUGCUGGAGGCAGAGGCGAGGCUACGAGAGGAGCACCAGAGAUCAGCCAUCAUGGAGCGCUGUCUAGAACGACGGGCUCUAGAGGCUGCUCCCUGUACAGAUGAGAAUGGUGGGUGGCGUGGGAGCAGGUCGCCUCACCCAAGCGGAGAGAGCACCAGUGGAAGAAGACACGGACCCUCUGUCCUGGCAUGGGGUGAUGCAGCCACUGAGAAUCUACUCAGAAACAAAGUUGAGAUGGCGAGAGAAGAAAUUGAGCUCCUACGGCAACACAUUGACCUGCUCUUACGCAUGCGGCAAGAGGACCUCAAGGUCUACGAGUCAACGGUGGACAAAUUUCGACACACAAUAGCCUCGGGGAGCCAGUGGUAGAAUUCAAGGCACUAUCUUAGUCCAUAUAAGUAAAUACUAGGAAAGGUAGCCUCAAAAACCCAUAUAAACAAAUUUAAAAAAGCAAGCCUAUGGUAAAUAACAGAGGACAUCUCAGGUAACCAAAGGAAGAGAAUGGCAUGUUAACAACCCAGUGAACCUGAAUAUUAGUAUAUAUGGUAGGUUUAGAAAUCCAGUAGUCAAGGAUGUUAGGAUAUAAUAGCUUCAGGAAGCCAAUGGAGGUUUUAACUUGAACAUAGUUGUACUAGGAAGUUCAUUUUAAGUAUGUACUAAUACUCAUUAUUGUUACUUAACUAUGUACAUCUUCAGUACACUGCAUCAUUCAUUCAUUGUUAACUGUACAUCACUACACUGCAUCAUUCAUUCCUGUUACUUAGCUCUCUACAUCUUCAUGCCAUUCAUUCUUAUUACUCAAGUUUGCAUGUCUUUACUACACUGAAUCAUUCAUUUUCACUAGAUUCUGCACAUCAUUACUUCUGAAUGUUGCACAUCUUGGUUUCAACAUAGAGGAUGAAGCCUGGACAGAGGAUCAAGCCUCCAGUGCCACUGUGCUAAAUAAUACACAAAAGGUUUUGUGCAUCAUGAAAUACCUUCAAAACCAUUAUUCCAACUUAAUUCAGUGGCCUCGUAUAUUUAUAUUGAGUAUAACAUCAAUUAUAAACAUGGUCUAUAGAUAAGGAAUAAAAAUGUCUGCACAGA